AUGCCCGUAACACGAUCAGCUACUCGGUCAGUUGCAUCAACACCAGUGGGAGGAAGCAACAAGACAACAACAAUGGUAUCACCCUCUGCAGUGGGCAAAUCCAGCAAGCGAAAAGCCGCUGAGGAAUCCCCAGCAGCCAAGAAGACACCUCGUACUAAGAAAACAAAACACCUGCUCACAUCGACGGAUGCGUUCAUUCCGCCUCCGCCACCUCCCUUGCAGAACGAGUCCGAGGAGAAAAGUUUGGUUCCCGCAGUCUUGACAUUUUCGUUUGAGGAGGCUAAAGCGCAUCUUAUUCGCGCUGACCACCGCUUCGAAGAUAUAUUCACAAAGCUCAAAUGUAAACCUUUUGAGACCCUUGAACAGGUCCAUCCGUUCCGGGCGCUUGUAGAAUCAAUUCUCGCUCAACAAAUUUCAUGGCUGGCAGCCCGAUCGAUCACCCAUAGGUUUAUUCGGUUGUAUGACCCCUCAUUGCCCGAAAAAGCAGCAGAUUAUUCUGCAUCAAAAUCUCCAACAUCUUUCUUCCCUACCCCUUAUCAGGUUGCCAAUACGGAUAUCAUAACACUCAAGUCUGCUGGCCUCAGUACACGCAAAGCCGAGUAUGGUCAGUGUCAUUGUCGAUUUCGCUGUGAAUCCCAUCAACCGAGUCUAAGCUAUAAUUUCCUGUCAGUAAAAGACCUUGCUGCGCGAUUUGCAGAUGGAAGGCUUUCAACAGAAAAAUUACUUGCUGCAGAUGAUAAAACCCUUGCUGAAAUGCUUAUAGAAGUGCGAGGGAUUGGACGGGUAUGUAUUGACAUGUUCGCAAUCUUCUCCCUCCGUCGUCCAAACAUCCUCCCAGUAGGUGACCUCGGUAUCCAGCGAGGAAUGUUGCGCUGGUUUCUCUCGCGCCACUCGUCUAAGCACCCAUUUACACUUUCACCGCAUAAACUGAGCGGUGACGAAUCCAACGAUGACAAAACAAAAGGGGCAAGUGCCAGUGCGAUGGGACCACCGUCUACAACUCCUGCACCGAAAACAACCCCUAGUUCUCAACUGACAGGAGAUGUAGAACCGAAUAAUGAGGUGUUGCCGACAUUGUCUGAGUCACAAUCACAGACUCCCGCUUUAAUUAAAUCGCUUCCUGAACCGUUUACUCCCUCGAUUGACAAGACUCUCGAGGCAGACGCGAUGAACACAGAACCCCUUCCCGAAGGUCUGAGCGUUGCGGAUUUGAAAUCAAGACUAGAAAGAAAGAAGAUCAAAGGAGCGUUCCUUACUUCGAAAGAAAUGGAAGAUUUAACCGCGUCUUGGGCGCCGUAUCGAAGUAUAGGUAUUUACUAUAUGUGGUCUCUGACAGAGAAGAACUAG